AUGGUGAACGCUUUAAUAGUUCGUGACGUUGUUGGCCUUAUAGGAAAUGUUAUCUAUUUCGGAUUGUUGCUCUCACCAAUUCCAACUUUGGUUAAAAUUAUAAAGAAAAGGGAUGUGGAGGAGUUCAAGUCUGAUACAUACAUAGCAAUUGUGUUGAAUUGUGCAUUUUGGGUAUUCCAUGGAUUGCCUUUUGUGCACCCAGACAGAAUUUUGGUCGUCGCCAAUGUCAUUGGAUUAAAUUUUUCAUUUGAUAUAAUCAAUGUUAUUGGACUUGUUUUGGGAUUCUUCUAUAUUACCAUAUUUUAUAUAUGUGCCAACAACGAAGGAAGAGAACUUCUCAUUAAUAAGGCUUUUUUCUUUGGCUUCGUCGUUCUUGUAACAAUGUUUACACUAGAUGACACUAACAAGAGGUCUUUAGUGGUUGGUAUUAUUUUUAAUUUCUUGAACGUAAUAAUGUAUGUCUCUCCUCUUGCCGUGAUGGAAAAUGUUAUAAAAACAAAGAGUGUGAAAUACAUGCCAUUCUUGCCCUCUCUGGCUAUCUUUCUUAAUGGAUUGUGUUGGACAACAUAUGCUCUCAUCAACCCCUUCGACAUUUAUCUCCUGGUCAGCAAUGGUAUUGGAGCAAUCUCAGGUUUUGUUCAGCUCAUAUUAUAUGUUUAUUUUUGGUGCAAGGGAGAAAAUAAGAAUGAUGAUGCUAAUCAUGAUUCAGAUUCAGCUGUCUAG